UGACUGGGCGCGAACUACUUGGUAAACCUCCCAGAUGGCACAACGCUCUUGAGCGCCGGAGCUCAUGGCAUGGCGACGUCGACACAAGGCAACCCGCUCUGCUGGCAAGAUGGCGGCUAUAGCUUCGACUUCUGCUGCGGCGAGGGCGCCCACAACAUGCUGGGCAACCCUUCCUGCUGGGAAGGCCCCCGGAGCUUCCAGACUUGCUGCCUUCCGGCCAGCUACGAAGCCGCCUGCUGGAGGGAGGCCAGGGACUUCCUGCGCACUCAGACGCUUUUGCCUUCUCUUGCAGACAAGGAGGUCCUUGCAACCGACCUGAACCUGGCGCACUUCUGCUGUCGGCCUGGCAGCUUCUCCGCAGAAGUGUGCUGGGGUGGCGAAAGCCGCGGAAAAGGCUUGGUCCAGGACCAGGUUGACGGCAUGGCCUUGAACAUGUCCCUGCGUUAUGUCGAGUGCUGCUUUCCGCGGCUGCAAGCUGCUCUUAAAACCGAGCCCCCCAAGUGGAUGCAGGCGCAGAUCUCCCAGGACCUUCAGCACUGGGCUCCGCUGAACACUUCGGACCUGGACGCGUUUGAAAGGUGGACCCAGGAAGCGGGGUACUCCACGCGCUUCUGCCGGUUCCAAGUGACCCGGUCUGGCGUGCAGCACUGCCAGGUGACGAAGGGCAGCCAUGUGCUGCUCAUCGAGACCUUGCGAGAUGCUUUGCAUGUGCUGCGAUUGCUUACUCCACUGCCGGAUCUGGACUUCUUUGUCAGCCAGGAUGAGGCCAUGUGCGUGGAGAACGCCGGGCACUUGGAGCAGGCCCUGCAACCGCUGAACCUCACGGUGCCGGUUCUGGCGCAGGACGCCCAACCCGCGAGCUGCGCCGGGAUCCUCAUGCCCUGGUGGGCCUUCCUUCAGCAAGACUGGACGCGGCGCUACACGGACAAGCUGGCCAGAAGCCGCGUGCCGUGGGAGAAGAAGGCGUCGAAGUUGUUCUGGCGCGGAUCGGACACCCACUGUUUGCUGCCCGGCAGCUGCGGCGAGGGCGGUCUCGCUUGCAGCUGCGCCAACUUCUCUGCGCAGCAGUGGAUGCAGUUCCCCCGCUCGCGGCUGGUCCUCUACUCCAUGCUGAUGCCUGACAAGGUGGACGCGAAGUUCACCAAGGACGUGGUGAACCGAGAGCUGCUGGAGGUCUUUCGAGGCCACCAGCUGCUGGUGCAGGAGAUCGUCCCCCCGGAGGCACACCUGGACUACAAGUUCCUCAUGUACGUGGACGGCGUCAGCCUCUCGGAUCGGCUCUUCUGGCUGCUGCACACGGAGUCCGUGGUCUUCAAGGCCCAGUCCCGCCUGAAGGUGUGGCUAGAUAGGGCCCUGCGCCCUUGGGAGCACUAUUUGCCAGUGGCGGAGGACCUCUCCGACCUCCCGGAUCGCAUCAGGUCGGCCGAGGAGGAUGUCCACUUGCACGAGAUUGCGCUGCGCGCGGCGCAUUUGGCCAGCUUCGACCUCUCUUUGGAGGGAAGCUUACUGUACCUCCACCACCUCCUGGUGGCACUCAGCCAGGUCUCUCCCACGAGCGCGGCUCCGGCUCCGGAGCGCGCGGCUCCGCCGGCGCCUUCUGCGCGCUGGGAGCGGCAGAGGCAGCAGCAGAUGAACGCCAGGCAGUACCUGGCCCAUGCACUGGAGAUGCUGUCAAGCAAGGAAGCUCUGGUCCCGGAAGCUCCGAUCCAGGCAUCGGUGCCUGCAAAGAGCUGGACUGCUGGACCUUGGGCUUCUCGGAGGACCUCUGCUGCAACUUGGCCCUCGGCCCCGAGGGCAACGCUGCCUGCUGGGACGAGGAGUACACCUUUGCAGCCUGCUGCCCCGAGCCCGGUUGAGUGAGAAAAAGUCCCUGGCGUCCUCCGAUGUUGGCUCGCUCGAACCCCCCCGCCGGCCGGAAAGCUGGCAAAACUGGC